GACCCGCGUUAUUCAAGUGUACGCGAUCGUUAAAAACAUUAUAUUUGAUAAAAACAAGGGCUUACUGCCUUACAGUUCCAGGUUUAACACUCAGUAGGCUUUUCUAAAACAAGUAAAACACAAGGUUAAAGGUAGAAGAUGUCUGAAUUUAAUCAUAACAUAAAAGUGAGCCCAUAUAGGAAUUGGAAGAACCCUGAUUUACCAAGUAAAUGCACUUACAGUAAAGAUAAUGAAGAAUCACCACAUAUUCAUCAUAAAGUUUCACCAAAACCAGUUAUCAUGCCGAAUAUAUUAUUUAAUAUUGGAAAUACACCUCUGGUUAGAAUAAACAGAAUAUCAGAGAAAGAAGGCAUUAAGUGUGAGCUAUUGGCAAAAUGUGAAUUUUUUAACUCUGGUGGAAGUGUUAAAGAUAGAAUUGGUUUGAGAAUGAUAGAAGAUGCAGAAGCUAGAGGAUAUUUAAAGUCAGGUGAUGUUUUAAUAGAACCUACAUCAGGAAACACAGGGAUUGGUUUAGCAUUAGCAGCUGCUGUGAAAGGAUAUAGAUGCAUUAUUGUGAUGCCUGAAAAAAUGAGCAUGGAAAAGGUAGAUGUUCUUAGAGCUCUAGGAGCCGAAAUUGUACGAACUCCAACAAGUGCUGCAUUUGAUUCUCCUGAAUCUCAUAUUGGUGUAGCUAAAAGAUUGAUGGAAGAAAUACCUAACUCACACAUUUUAGAUCAGUAUCGUAAUCCCAGUAAUCCACUUGCUCAUUAUGAUGGUACAGCUGAAGAGAUAUUAGCAGCAUGUGACAAUAGACUGGAUAUGAUGGUUCUAUCAGCUGGCACAGGUGGUACACUCACUGGUAUAGCACGGAAAUUAAAGGAGAAAUGCCCCAACUGCAAGAUAAUUGGUGUAGACCCCGAAGGUUCUGUAAUAGCGGAACCUGAAGAAAUAAAUAAGACCGACAAAAGUUUCUAUGAAGUGGAAGGAAUUGGUUAUGACUUUAUCCCAACUGUAUGUGAUAGAUCACUUGUAGAUAAAUGGUAUAAAUCUGUAGAUAAAGAAUCAUUCUUAUUGGCCAGAAGGUUGAUUAGAGAAGAAGGUCUUUUGUGUGGUGGCAGUAGUGGUUCAGUUGUUUACAGUGCUAUACAAGCCAUCAAGGACUUUGGAUUAAAAGAAGGACAGCGAUGUGUGGUUAUACUGCCAGAUUCAAUCAGAAACUAUAUGUCAAAGUUUUUGAGUGAUGACUGGUUAAGUCAGAGGAAUUUCCUACAGCUUGAAAAUGAUAUUGAUCCUUUGAAGGCUUGGUGGUGGAAUUUGAAAGUCAGUGCUCUUUCACUGAGGGCUCCUUUAACAGUUUUUCCUACAGUAACUGUACAGGACACACUAGAUAUAUUGAAUAAAGAAGGGUUUGAUCAGGUACCGAUAGUAGAUGAUAAUGGAGAUUGUAUAGGCAUGGCUACUGUUGGCAAUAUGAUGUCAAAAAUAAUUAAAAACAAAGUUAGUCGUUCGGAUCCUGUAUCAAGAGUGAUGUACAAACAAUUUAAACAAAUUGAAAUGGGUACAACAUUGAGUCAGUUAUCACGGCUGCUAGAUACAGAUCACUUUGUUCUAGUUGUUCAUGAUCAAAGACAAUAUGUUGGAGCUAAUUCGAUUAGUAAGAAGCAGAUGAUAUUUGGUAUAGCAACAAGAAUAGAUCUUCUCAAUUUUAUUACUCAGCAUGCUGGUGAUGAUACUCCACAGCUUUAAGUCAAUCAUCCAGUUACAUUUAAACUUUAUGUGUAGAUGUUAACUUUAUCCAAGGUUAUGGGUCCAUUAAUAAUAAUAGGACAUAGAAAGUUGAUCCUGUUCCUGACUGUGCACCUCAAAAACAGUGUGCCUCUGGAGGCUAUCUCAAUCAUGAUUAAAAGCUCAAAAACAAGAUCAACUUUUUAUGGUUUCUAAUAUACAUAAUCCAGAAUGACGUCAAAUGGGUUUUUCCAAAAAGAAAAACAUGUGACGAAGUGCAAACUACUACUCUCACUUUCAGACUAUCAAGUAACGAAAAUUGGUAACUAUGCUGACUAAACAAUGUUUGUUGGGGAACUGCAACAGUGCUAGCAAAUAUAAAAGAUAUGAUCGAUGUUACUUUCCAUCCAUUUCCAAAGCCAUCAAUUAUGGUAAACACCUAAAAAAAAAAUUCAUAUCCCAUCCGCCACACCUCACUAAAUGAAAAAUGAAUUCAAGUUAACAUCUACAUGUAGGCCUAGUUUCUAUUCACCCAAUGAUUUUCCACAAGAUGCAAAUAAUGAUCCAGUUUCUGCUGUAUGCUUAUUUUGAAGGUCCUAUUGUAAUUGUGAACAACCAUUAUAACGGUGCUGUUGUAUCGAAUGGUCAUUUUACUUAUGCAAAUGUUUACAUCGUUCAUUGUUAAUUGAUGGCUUCGGACACAGACGAUAUAAUCUUUACAUUUAUAUAUGUUGCAGUUCCACACAAAUAUUGUUUAGUCUGCAUGGUUACUAAUUUAUUUAUGUUAUUGUUAGACUAAACUUGAAAAUGGCAGUAGUACAAUAACAAUAACAAACAGCAGUGUUUGUUCCAUCACGUGACUUUCUAUGUCACUGAAUCAAUAUCAUAUUAAGAGAAAAAUGGAUAUUUUCAAGAUAUUUCACUUGUAAAUAUCACAUAACACACAAUUACUAAUUAGAAUCAAACCACAACAAAAAUUGCUUGACAAAAAUUAAGAAAGUAAAAAUCAAGUUAUGUUUUUUUUUUUACUUUCUAUUUUUCACAUUUUCAAAUUCACUGUAACAUUUUCAUCUUUGCAUUUUCAACUAUCAAAAUGUCUCCAUUGUAUUUUCAACCACCCAAAUUUCUGCAAUCGAACGGGUGGAGGGUGUGAUUCCGGAUUCAGCCGAAGUUGACAUCAUAAGACAUCAGGGCCCUGUUUCUCUAAUAGUUAAAAUCCAAAAUUUAGUAGAUACUUCAAUUUUGAUUGCCUGUCCAAUCUCGUGGGUUUUCUCCGGGUCCUCUGGUUUCCUCCCACUGCUAAAGACCCCUACGCGCAAGUGAAAUAUUGAAAUAAAAUUAAACCAUAUGUUAGUCCCGAAAUGACCUAGUUUGUGUUGAGUGGACGUUAAACCCCAUUUCUCUAUCUCUCUCUCAAUUUUGAUUGGCUAAGCACUAAAAUUAACCUAAUAUUAUCCAAUCAAAUUACUAAAAUUUGAAUUUUAUCUUAGUUAAAAUUUUGUGAAACAGACCCCAGUAUUUAUCGUCUCGGCUAAAAUUAAUGCUCCAUUGGGUUUUUCAUUACUCUUAAGAACUGUCCAAUUUUAUUGAUUAAUUUUUUGAAAAUAUUGUAAUAAAUUCGUUGGAUAUUCGGCGCUAUAUAAAUGAUAAAUUAUUAUUAUAAAUUAUUUUAAUCUUUGACAGUACAUUGGUAUGAAUGGGAGUGGAUUACUGGGCUUAUGUCUAAAAUAAGUGUAACUACAGAGGAGGUGCCUAUUAAGAAAAGCUUUGCAGUUAUUAAACAUUGCAAUAUUUGCAAACAAGACAAUUAGGAAUGAAAGAGUAUCAUGUUUCUGUCAUUAAAGAAAGAUCUGUAAAUUGUGGAAAAUUUAAAAAAAAAAAUAUCCCUGAAAAGUGGUGUGUAUUAUUGUUAUUGCUGAGUCGGUUUCCAAGAAUAUUUUAAUUUACCUUUUCAAUCGAUCAUGAUAGUUGUGAUUGAACUUAGCCAGUGUCAGUAUUGAAAUCUAAUGGAUUACGUAGUUGCUCUUUUAUUUAUAUGUUCAGUUAAUUGGAGAAAAUGCAAUGGAGACAAUCUGAUAAUUGAAAAUGCAAAGAUAAAAAAGUUACAGUGAAUUUUCAAAGGCGAAAAGUAUAGAGUGAGAAAAUCAUAACUAGAUUUUACACUGUUAAUUUUUGUCUAGUCAUUUUCGUUCUAAUACAAAUAUUGUGAUUUUCCUGGUGCAAAAUAUACAUAAUAUGUAUUAUGUGAUAUUUACAAGCGAAAAAUCUCGAAAAUGGCCAUUUUUAUCCUUUUGGCUAUGUAAUUUUAACCAUGAUAUUCUCUCUUAAUAUGACAACGAUUCUGCGCCAUAACUUUCUGCUUGGAAAACCCCAUUUUGAUGUCAUUCUGGUGUUAGUCUAUUGUCAUAGUUGUUUUCUUGCAAACACAUUUGUUUUUUUGUGGUUAUUCGAAGAAAGGAGGGGACUAUUUAAAUGGGUUUGUCCGUCCGUCACACUUUUUGGAACACAAUAACUCUCCUUCUAAUUGAGCUAGAAUGUUCAGACUUAGUGUAGGUGUUUAUUAGGCCAGUGCCUUGAUGGAGUUUGAAGAUGAGCAUUUUCUGCUUAGGGUAAGCAGAGUUAAGCAAUUGGAUUGGUUGAUGUUUUGGGGCACGAAAACUUUGGUUCUAAUUAAGUUGAAACUUGGUGUAUAGUUUCAUCACAUCAAUACCAUGAUGAAGUUUGAUUAUAAGAGCAUUUUCGGCUCAGGGUAAGCAAAGCGAUAAGCAUUUUGGUCGAGUGAUAGUGGUGAAACUUUGUGUAUAGUUUUAUUACAUCAAUACCUUAACAAGGCUCGAUGCUGAAAUAGAGACUUCAAUCUGAUUGGUUGAGACUUUGGAACACAAUAACUCUCUUCUAAUUGAGGUAAAAUGUUCAAAAUUGGUGUUGGUGUCUAUUAUGUGAGUGCCUUGACAUAGUUCGAUCAUGCACAUUUUCCACUUAGGCUAAGCAGAGGUAAGCAAUUUGAUUGGUUGAGACUUUGGAACACGAUAACUUUGGUUCUAAUUGGGAGAGAAUUAUUAUUAUUAUUAUUAUUGUUCGAUUUAUAUAGCGCAUAAUUACACAUAAGUGUUUCUGAGCGCAUUCACAACAAAACAGUUCCAAAAUCAUUUUUGAAAUAAAUAGGUUUUUAAGUUAGUCUUAAAACUCUGGAUGAAAGAGGACUCUAGAAGAGUUUUUGGAAGAUCAUUCCACAUUUUAGCUGCUCUGACGGAGAAAGCAUAUUCACCAGAACGUUUAUUAUAUUUAGGAAUCCUCAAUAUGCUACGAUCACUUGAAGAACGAAGAUUGGAUCGCUGGGGAGAAUAGAAAUCAAAGUGUUCUUUUAAAUAACUGGGUGCAGUGUCAGAAUAAAUUGAUUUAAACACAUUCACAAGAGCUUUAAAUUGAACCCUCACUCGAACUGGAAGCCAAUGGAGUUUCUGUAACUUAGCUGAUAUAUGAUCAAAUUUUCGUGUUCUAGUUAUGAUACAUGCAGCACUGUUUUGCUCUAUUUGUAGUUUGUUUAAAGCUGUUUCUGGUGCUCCUAAUAGAAAAGAAUUUGCAUAGUUCAUAUGCGAUGUUACUAAUGCUCUAACAACACUCUGGCAAGCAUCAAUAUUAAGAUUAGAGCGUGUUCUCGAAAGAGCUCUCAUUUGAAGAUGCAUUUUCCGUAUGAUACUAUUGAUUUGGGGAACUGGGGACAUAAAUUCAUCGGUCACAUAGCCAAGAUUUUUAGCCUGCGUCUUGGGAGAUAUAGAGCAAUCACCUAUCUGAAUGGAAUCCACUUUAAACAAUUUACUGGAUUGUGAUUUUGAUGAUAUGACAAGAAAUUUGUAUUUGUCAUCGUUAAGUUUUAGCCUAUUUCUGGUCAUCCAUCCUCAAAUGUCAUUUAAGACAAGACUCUAGUCUAAUGUUAGAAUCCUUUAAGCAAGAUAGUUGUUGUGUUGAAAGUAGUCAUAUAUUUGGGUGUCAUCAGCAAAGCCAUGGUUUUGUACCCCAUGUCUUAUGAUUUGACCAAUUGGAAGAAUGUAUAGAAGAAAAAGUAGAGGUCCCAAUACAGAUCCUUGUGGAACAACGAUCCUAACAGCACAGGGUUGAGACACAUGACACUCUGAGUAUAGAUUCAUUAUAUCAAUACAUUGACUAAGUUCGAUAAUGAGAAUUGAUAAGUUCAAUGAUUAGUAUUUCCCAUUAAAGCUAAGCAGACCUAACCAAUUUCUUUGAUCGAUGCUUUGGGACAAGAUAACAUUGAUUCUGACUGACGGAGAGUGAUCAAACUUAUUGUAUAGUUUCACUCACUACCAGGUACUUCAAAACCUGAGUUUGACAGUGAAAAUUUUAUGCUUAGACUUAAACAUAGAUAAUCAGUUUGAUUACUCGAUACUUUUGAAAAAGAUAAAUGUGCAAUUAAUUAAUGUGUCAUCUGUUCAUUUUGUGAUUCCGGCAGGAGACAUCAGUCUCACUGUUGAUUUGUUUUAUUAGUGUUUCAAUUUCAAUGCUUAUUAUAAAAAAAGGAGGGCUUAAUUUCUAUGCAUACAUUAUCAUUUUUGAAAGUUACUAAUGCAAUACAUUAAAUAUGAUCUGACAGAAAAACUAUUUUGAUCUAAUGCUUGUUACUUAAUGCUAAGAUCUAGUAUGUGAUAAAGUUUGUACUCACACAGAUACAUAAAUAAUUGAUAUUUUUUUAAAGGAGAGUUAUAUAAUUAUAUAAAAACUAGGUGAUGCGUGAAUUGCUUUUUAUAGUUUUCUUGCUUUUUUCAAAUCCUAUGCAGUUAAUUCUUCUUACGAAAAGUUAUGGGUUCGAACUGAUAUCCUGUGAUGACCCUUAGUCUUCAUAAAAAUUAUAAGUCUGUAUAUCAAUGUGUUAGUUUUCAUGCAGGAUCAUUUUCACCAAGAAAUAAAUGUAAUAUCUUUUUUUGUAAUAUAUUGGAAAUAACCUAUAGAUUAUUUUUUUGUAAUAUAUAGGAAAUAAUCUUAGAUUCUGACUGUCAGUGAGAUCGACCAGUUGACUGUCAGUGAGAUCGACUGACUAGAAAACUUAAAUGCUGUAUAGCCUAAUUAGAAUUUCAAAGAAUUUAACCUUUAAUCACAAUAAAUACAGUUAAAUUUAUAUGUGGAAAAACACAAGAAAGUAAUAUACAAAUGCGGAUAAUGCUAAACAUUGUCACUGUUUGGGCAACAUUUUUAAGUGAACGCCUAGUUUCAACGACCAGUGAAUUCUUGUCGAAACGUCGUGUGUAUAUAAUAUAGUGAUUGUUAUCCAUAGAACUGUGUUGUGUUAUAUGUAAUAUGAGAUUGGGCGGGAGACAUUAGACUGUUGGCUUUUGUUUUCAUUGCAUUUCUGAAUGUAUAUAAAACUCUUCUUUUUAUACACCCACAUGGAAAUUUGGUCAUAUAUUGCCGUUAGUAAAACUAAGAAUCCUAUUGAAUUUCCGCGAUUUCCAUGAAUAGAUUCUGGAGUAAUGGCCCUUAUUUUACUUUGUUGAACCUUUUGAAUGCUCUAUUGACAAAAGUUAUCAUCCGAUCCGUAUAAAAUUCACGUGUAUUAUUUACAUUAGUAAAACGGAAGAGCCUAUUUAAGCUAAUUAAUUCUAAGAGUUGUGACCCAUUUUUAUAUGCCCACAUGGAAAUGUGGUCGUAUAUUGCUGUCGCCCCCGUCCGUCCGUCGAUUGUCCACAAUUUCUUGUGAACACUCUAUCGUUUACAUUUAUCAUCGGAUUGUUUUGGUUGUUUGCAUUAGUGAGAUGAAGAAGCCGUUAAUUUCUUCUGGAGUUAUUAACCGAUCGGUAUGAAAUUUAUAUGAAUGGUUUAAAUUAGUAAAACGAACAAGCCUAUUGAGUUUCAGCAAAUUUCCGUUAAUUACAUCUAGAGUUAUGGCUCUUGUUUAACUUUAUUGAAUCGUGUGAACGACAAAAGUUAUCACUUAAUCUGUUUGAAAUUCAUAUGCAUCAUUUAAAUUAGUGAAAUGAAGAAGCCUAUUGAAUGUCAGCGAUUUCCAUCAAUUACUUCUAGAGUUAUGGCUCUUGUUUCACUUUGUUGCACCUUGUGAACGCUCUAACGACAAAAGUUAUCAACCGAUCUGUAUGAAAUUUAUAUGCAUCAUUUAAAUUAGUAAAACAAAGAAGCCUAUUGGAUUCCAACAAUUUCCGUUAUUAUCUGAUCUGUAUGAAAUUUAUAUGCAUCAUUUAAAUUAGUAAAACAAAGAAGUCUAUUGAAUUUCAGCAAUUUCCGUUAAUUACAUCUAGAGUUAAGGCUCCUGUUUCACUUUGUUGAAUCUUUUGAACGCUCUAAUGACAACAGUUAUCAUCCGAUCUGUUUGAAAUUGAUAUGCAUCAUUUAAAUUAGUGCAACGAAGACGCCUAUUGAAUUUCAGCAAUUUCCGUCAAUUACUUCUAGAGUUAUGGCCCUUGUUUUACUUUGUUGAACCUUGUGAUUGUUCGAACGACAAAAGUUAUCAUCUGAUCUGUAUGAAAUUUAUAUGCAUUAUUUGAAUUAGUAAAACGAAAAAGCCAGUCGAAUUUCAUCAAUUUCUGUAGAUUACUUCCAGAGUUACAGCCCUUGUUUUAGUUUUUAGAACCUUGUGAACCCUCCAACGAAGAAAAUUAUAAUGUCAUCUGUAUGAAAUUGUCUAUUAAAUUGCCCUAAUUACCUACAAAAAAUAAAUAUGCGACAACCCUUGUCGACUGCUCGGACGAUUUAGCUGCUGUUGGAUGGCAACCUAUCUUUCACUUUGUAGAACCUUGCGUUCGCUCUAAUGACUAAAGUUAUCAUCAGAUCUGUAUUAAAUUGAUAUGCAUUAUUAGAAUAGUAAAACGAAGAAACCUUGUCAACUGCACGGACAAUUUAGCUGCUGUAGGCUUAUGUUUCGUUGCCUGGCAGCCUAUGGUUUUUAAAUGUCCACUUGAGAAUAUUUGAAUUCGUACACAAGAUUUGCAAUUUAUUUUCUUUGGCUUAAUUUAUUAAGUAUUAAUACAAAAAACAUAGUCCACUUGAGAAUAUUUGAAUUCGUACACAAGAUUUACAAUUUAUUUUCCUGUGUGUAUGUGUGUGUGUCCAUGCUUUGCCUAUAGGCUGCAAUUCCUAACUGAUCAUCUUGAAACUUUACAUACUCAUUCCUUAUAUCCUAAAGAUGAUCUCUAUUGUUUAUGAUGCAUGCGCGACCCCCAGGGGCAGAGCCACGCCCAUUUCUUGUGUUGGUUUUUCGUCUACAAUCCGGAUUUCUUAACGUAUCAUCUUGAAAUUUUACAUAAUUAUUCCUUAUACCCUAAGGAACAUCCAUAUUUCUUCAAACAAGGACAACUUUGCACUGAAGUAAUCCGGUGCCGCAUCGCAAUUGUAUAGGCGUAGGUACAUAUCACUUACCGUCAUACAGCUGAGGCUAGAUGUAGAGUAACGGAAUCUGCCGAGGUUUGCCGAGUGGCUCAACUCCCAGGGGCAGAGCCACGUCCAUUUUCUUUUUGUGUGUCUCUGUGUCGCCUACAGGCUGGAAUUCUUAAUCGAUUGUCUUGAAAACUUUUCAUACUUAUUAAGGAUGACCAAUAUUUAUAUGUCUUUGACUUAAUCUCAUUAUUUCUGUGUAUUUAUAUAUAUAUAUAUAUCUCUACUUGAAAUAAAAUAUUCUUUAAACCAC